CUUUUAGCAUUCCACAUUGGAAGAAGAGCUCUCUACAUAAAAAAUGCCUUUGUUCAGCAAAUCACACAAAAAUCCAGCAGAAAUUGUGAAAAUUCUGAAAGACAACCUGGCCAUUUUGGAAAAGCAAGACAAGAAGACAGACAAGGCUUCAGAAGAAGUGUCGAAAUCACUGCAGGCAAUGAAGGAAAUUCUGUGUGGUACAAAUGACAAGGAACCCCCGACAGAAGCAGUAGCUCAGCUAGCACAAGAACUCUACAGCAGCGGGCUGCUGGUGACACUCAUCGCUGAUCUGCAGCUCAUAGACUUCGAGGGAAAAAAAGAUGUGACCCAGAUAUUUAACAACAUUCUCAGAAGACAGAUAGGCGCUCGGAGCCCCACUGUGGAGUACAUCAGCGCUCACCCCCACAUCCUGUUCAUGCUUCUCAAGGGAUAUGAAGCCCCACAGAUUGCCUUGCGUUGUGGGAUCAUGCUGAGAGAAUGCAUUCGACACGAACCACUUGCCAAAAUCAUCCUCUUUUCUAAUCAAUUCAGAGAUUUCUUUAAGUAUGUGGAGAUGUCAACAUUUGAUAUUGCUUCAGAUGCGUUUGCUACUUUUAAGGAUUUACUAACCAGACAUAAAGUGUUGGUAGCAGACUUCUUAGAACAAAAUUAUGAUGCUAUCUUUGAAGACUAUGAGAAAUUGCUUCAGUCUGAGAACUAUGUGACUAAGAGACAAUCUUUAAAGCUGCUAGGUGAACUGAUCCUGGACCGCCACAACUUCGCCGUCAUGACCAAGUACAUCAGCAAGCCGGAGAACCUGAAGCUGAUGAUGAACCUCCUUCGGGACAAGAGUCCCAACAUCCAGUUUGAAGCCUUUCACGUUUUUAAGGUGUUUGUGGCUAGUCCUCACAAGACCCCUCCUAUUGUGGAGAUUCUGUUAAAAAAUCAGCCCAAACUCAUUGAGUUUCUGAGCAGCUUCCAAAAAGAAAGGACGGAUGAUGAGCAGUUCGCUGACGAGAAGAACUACUUGAUUAAACAGAUUAGGGACUUGAAGAAAACAGCACCCUGAGGAUCUCACUGUGCCUGCCACAGUCGUCGUCUCACCAGUCCAGUCUGUACAAUAAUUGUCAUUUCAAAAAGUCAUCAUUCCGGGGAAGGCUUUGGAGGGCCCUAUUUUUUCUCAAUUAAUUGUUCAGGGUAGAUGGAAUAUAAACAUAUAAGUGGAAAAAAUUAACCUAGAAUAAUAUAUGCAUUUUAAUCAA